AUGCCGUUGACAAUCCACCACCUUGGCCGCUCACAAUCAGAGCGCAUCGUCUGGCUCGCAGAAGAACUUGGCAUCAAGUAUGACUUUGUCUUCCACAAGCGUGACCCUAUCCUGGCUCCGCAGUCAAUCAAAGAACUGCAUCCUUCCGGCACCGCACCGGUGAUAGAAGAUGACAACUCCCCCUUUACGAAAAACAAGGUCGUUCUCGCUGAAUCAGGCGCUAUCAUUGACUACAUUAUUGCCGCCUACGGGGAGGGCCGUUUCGCUCGCACACCGAAGGACGGUGAGGAAUACAUCCAAUUCCUGGAGUGGUACCAUUGGGCAAAUGCCUCCUUGCAGCCAGCCUUGUUCCGUGUGCUGAUGAACAGGCGCUUGAGCAACGAUCCAGAGGCAGCUCACGUCAAGUUGGGUAAUGCCAAACUAGAGGGUGCGCUCUCAAUGAUUGAGGCAAGACUCGGUGAAACCGGAUCCUACUUGGUUGGGAAUGACGUCACCGCAGCGGAUAUCAUGGCGAUCUGUACUCUCACCACCAUGAGAGGGUUCUGCCCCAUUGAAUUUGAUGAGCAAAAGCAUAAGAACAUUCUGGCGUAUCUGAAACGUGUUGGUGACCGGCCUGCCUAUCAAAAGGCUAUGAAGGUUUGUGAGGGAGAAGAUUUCGUGCCUAUUCUUGGUGCAAAGGCUGAGCAGUUUGUAUUCCCUUAUUGA